ACCGUUGUCGUGCAGUCGACUUCGAAACGGCAACCAGAGUGGAUGCAGCCAGCAGCGCAGAGCAACGAGCGCGCUUAGAACUCGGGAAGUAAUAGUGAGCGAAUUUUCGAAAAACUUAGAACAAAACGACAAACGGUUCGAAUCGUUUAGUGGUGCUCUACUAGUGCUGGUCGUCGGUCGUCGUGCUGCAGUGCAAGUGGCACACGCGUGCGUGCGGUUCGUUGCGAUCGUGACAAGUUCGUGAAAUUAGUGCGUUUCGGUUGAUUUAAAGGGGGACACUGCUGCGCCGCACCGCGGUUGCGUGAAGAAAGUGAGAGUGACGGAAGCUGGUGCACGACGUGUCACGACGGUGAAUUUUGUUUUGUGCGAAGCGGUGAAGAAGAACAAGUUGUGUAGAAAAAACCAAAGAUCUAACAAACAGUGCGUAGCAAGCAUGAUGUAUAAAGUGGCAAUCGUCCUGCUGGUGUUCAGCCUAGUGGAAGCGAAUCGCUUUCGCGCCGAAUAUCCCGGACCGUACUGUGCUUCCCGUCGGUACGACAAGUGCUGCCGUGAACGCCAGGAUGGCUGCUCGCAACCGAUCUCUACUACUCUCUGCUACUGUGAUGAAUUCUGUGAACGUGGUGAACACGGUGACUGCUGUCCGGAUUACGAAGAAGUGUGUCUAGGGAUAUCGCCGGAUCCUGUCUACGCUCCCUGUACUCACAAUGGCCACAGGUUUACGCCGUUCGAUCCACCCGUGGUGGAUAACUGUAAUACUUGUAAGUGCAACAACGAUGGAACGAAGACCUGCACGGACGACGUCUGCUUGGUGGACAACGAACUGCUGAAGCAGCUGGGUCAUUUGGAACGAUCGGUCGGUUGGAAGGCGACCAACUACAGCGAAUGGUGGGGUCACAAGUACGACGAGGGCAAAGUGAUGCGCUUGGGAACGUUUUACCCGAAGAUAAAGGUCAAGUCCAUGAGCCGGCUGACCAAUGGGCAGGACCAUCUGCCGACGCACUUCGAUGCCACGAAUUAUUGGCCUGGAUUCAUCGGAGAGGUUAAGGAUCAAGGUUGGUGUGGAUCAUCUUGGGCUGUGUCAACCGCUUCGGUUGCCUCCGAUCGUUUUGCCAUCCUAUCCAAGGGCCGCGAGAUUGUGCGACUUGCUCCUCAGCAGAUUAUUUCCUGCGUCCGCAGAAGCCAGGGUUGCAGUGGAGGACAUUUGGACACCGCUUGGAACUACUUCCGUAGAGUUGGAACCGUCAACGAAGAAUGCUAUCCGUACAUCUCAGCACACAAUGUCUGCAAGAUCCGUCCAUCGGAUACUCUGGUCACUGCCAACUGUGAACUGCCAACCAAGGUCGAUCGGACCAACAUGUACAAGAUGGGCCCGGCGUUCAGCCUGAACAACGAAACCGACAUCAUGAUCGAGAUCAAGAAACACGGACCCGUGCAAGCUAUCAUGAGGGUGCAUCGUGACUUCUUCUCGUACAGGAGCGGAAUUUAUCGGCAUUCGGCAGCAUCGACUUCUGCUGAUCAGCGGGCUGGAUAUCACUCGGUGCGUCUGAUCGGUUGGGGAGAGGAACGUCAAGGCUACGAGGUUACCAAGUACUGGAUUGCCGUCAACUCCUGGGGAACUUGGUGGGGUGAAAACGGCCGCUUCCGCAUCCUGCGCGGAUCCAACGAGUGCGAAAUCGAGAGCUACGUGCUGGCCUCGCUGCCGUACGUGCACCAGCAGGUGAAACCCAUGCGGCAGGUCGGCGACCUGCAGGAGAUGAUCGUCGGUACCGGAUACGUUCCGCACCCCAGCCGGAGAUACCCGCCCUAUGGCCGCCGCUCCGGUUAAACUGCGUCCUCCCAGCCACAGCCAUCCUUCGCUCACUCCGUGAUGAACCAAGAGCGAUAGCGCACAGCAAACAAUGUACAUACAGUAUUAAUGUAAGAAAACCCCGUUUCGGAACCCUCUGUGGCACAGAUCUACAAGAGCUUAUCUAACUAUAAUAGAAAUUACGGCCGGCGGUCGUCGGUGCCGCCGCGUUGGACGCCGAAGGCGCCCAACUCUACUACACUCAUAUAGCGCAAGCAAACGAACAUAACCAGUCGCGCGUUUCGAAUGUAUACUGCCUUGUUGGACCCUCCUCCAUUUCUAUAGCGCAAAGUUAUAAAUGUAUGCGUUUUUAGCAGAACGUUUAAAGAUUGUUCAGACAAACCCAUUUUCUCUACAAAACUUAGUGAUUUGUUUCGUUUCAAAGAGCACUAGUCGACAAUGCAAACACAAAAGUAAACGAAAGUGUUCAAAUUCUCAAAAUUUUAAGGAAAUUUAUACUUGAUUUAGCUGUAAGUUUCAAGUCGAAAUUGGAUAUGAUCUAGUUUUUUUUAUUAUUGUUUAGUUGUUAAGUCGCCUUAGUUACCUUUCGCCUCGUUAGGAGAGUACGCAUAUUUAGUGGAGAACGAUAAAAGCACAGGAUUUUAGCGCCAAAAUUGAGACAAAAGUUUAAGGAAAUUUUCUGAUCUAACGACACACGCCUUAUUUCGUAGUUUGGAUUAGUUUUCCGUUGUAAUUGUUCUCUUUUCGAGAUAGUCGAUGAUAUUUCAUGCGCGGGGGAACCAUAACCCCAGGAUAGGAUUUAAUUACUGCAUGUAAAUCUUGAACGUUGUAAUCGUAAAAAUAUUGUUUAAUAAAAUAAAUGUGUUCAUAGGCCAA